CAAUUGAACAACAAAGUUCAGCCACCUAGGCUUCCUGCCAGGCUUUCACAGAAUCAAAAACAUGCAGCACAAGAAAAACAAACUAUUCGGAGCGGGCAUAUCUAUGGAGCGUACCUCCCAUUUUCGGGGAACAACCCUGCCCCUCUUGCUACAAGAUGGCCCCUAUAACAAGGCUAUCGUUGGCCAUAUCUCGCCUUCUCCUCUCCUACUUCUCGUCCCUUCCCAAGACCCACGCUGAUGGCACCGUCUCCCUCCAGCUAGCGCCUGCUUUCUCCUCGGUACGGCCUUGUGUGCAGAAUUGCAUUGACGGUGACGGAUUCGGCGGAUGCUGCGCGGGGGUUUUGGGUCUCAUCGGGUGCAAUAAUCUCGACUCCUGCUUCUGCCGCACAGAUUUCGAGAGCUCCGUCUCGUCAAUUCUAACCUCGUGUAUCAACGUGCAGUGCAAUACACACGAGAUAGACUUAUCCGCCGGCGUCUCGCUAUACAACGGAUACUGCGGCAUCGAUGGUGCCACGCUGAACAACUACCCGACUUCGAGCAGUGCAAAUCAAGUCGCCGGCACAACUACGCUGCCAGUUUCGCCAGGAAGCACGCCAACUGUAGUUGUGGUCAGCACCGCGACAUCCACCUCAGGCUCAUCGACAUUGGCAACAAGCAUGAGUGAGUGGCCUAUAAAAAUGAUGGUCGUGCCAGUGCUCGCUGCCCUGGUACUUAGCCGCGCAAACUUGCUCUGCACAUAAAGUACGAAUGUGCUAACGCAAAUCGCCAGGAGCGGGGAGUUCAGGAGCUCGCCAAGGCGAUAGUGGUGGUGGACUAAGUUCUACCGAGAAGAUCACAAUCGCAUGCAGCAUUUUGGGAGUUGUGCUUGCGUUCUUUGCGCUCUUCGUGGGAAGAAGAUGGUGGGAUACUGUGUCGAAGGCACUCAGAUAAGACAGAUCAAUGCAGUACUCUCAUUCUUAGAAUAAUAGAUAAGGAGAGGUUAGAUAUAGGAGUUACCAUAUAUACCCUCAAACCACAA